AUGCAGCCACGACAUUUGGACAAGUCAGACGAAUCAUCUAACUUGUCGGACGAUGAUUAUGUUCCUUAUAUACCAGUGAAGCAACGUAAACAACAGGAGCUUACUUCACUGCAGCGUGUAUUAGGUAAUCUUGCGUACACUGAAGUGCCUGAGGAGGAACUAGACCAGGGUAAUACAGCAGAACAAGUUGAAGAUGAUCCGGAGGGUAUGACAAAAAAAUCAUCUGAUGACAAACAUCAUGGACCUAAUGCCCAGGGUAGUUUAUUUGAUAGAAUGUGGGAAUUGAAGCGAAAAGCUGAAGAAAGGAAGGAAACAGAACGGGAUAAAAAAUUAAAGGAAGAAGCUAAGAUUUUAGAAAGUGUUGCUGAAAAGACCGCUUUAAAAGGUGUUGCAGAACUAGCAAAAGGUAUCCAGUAUGAUAAACCAAUUCAAACCAGCUGGGUACCACCUGUAUAUAUCCGGGAACAAAGUGAAGAGAAAUCUGCAGAAAUCCGCAAAAAGUUUCGAAUUUUAACUGAAGGUGAUGAUGUACCUGCUCCUAUUCGACAUUUUAGUGAAAUGUGUUUUCCAAAGGCUUUAAUUGAUUUACUAAAACUACGUGGAAUAACAAAACCUACACCCAUUCAAAUGCAAGGUUUACCAGCUGUAUUAAGUGGUCGAGAUAUGAUUGGAAUUGCAUUCACCGGCUCCGGAAAAACAAUGGUGUUCUCAAUACCAGUUAUAUUAUUUUCUAUGGAUCAAGAACAGAAAAUUCCAUUUAUUCAAAAUGAAGGACCUUAUGGUUUAGUUUUAGGUCCAUCUCGUGAAUUAGCUCGACAAACACAUGAAGUAAUCUGUAGCCUUAUUGAUGGUUUAGUCAAAGCUGGUUUCCCGUCUAUUCGUUGUUGCUUAUGUAUUGGUGGCAUGGCUGUUAAAGAACAAGCAGAUAUUGUUAAAAGAUCUGGUGUUCAUAUUUUGGUUGCUACACCAGGUCGUUUAAUAGAUUUACUUCAACCUGACAGAAUGAUUGAUAUGGGUUUUGAAGAAGAAGUCCGAACUAUAUUCUCCUAUUUUAAGGGACAACGUCAAACACUUUUGUUCUCUGCUACUAUGCCGAAAAAAAUACAAAAUUUCGCUAAAUCAGCCUUGGUGAAACCCGUUACUGUUAAUGUUGGUCGAGCUGGAGCAGCUAGUAUGAAUGUCACUCAGGAAGUAGAAUAUGUGAAACAUGAAGCGAAAAUUCCUCAUUUACUUGAUGCUUUACAAAAAACUCCACCUCCUGUUAUUAUAUUUGCUGAGCGUAAACAAGAUGUGGAUGCUAUACAUGAAUAUCUUCUUUUGAAAGGUGUUGAAGCAGUUAGUAUUCAUGGUGGAAAAGAUCAAGAUGAACGUGUAUCAGCUGUUACAGAAUUUAGAGCUCAUCAUCGUGAUGUCUUAGUUGCUACAGAUGUGGCUAGUAAAGGUUUGGAUUUUCCAGAAAUUAAUCACGUGAUCAACUAUGAUAUGCCUGAAGAUAUUGAAAAUUAUGUACAUCGCAUCGGUCGUACUGGUCGUGGUCAUCAACGUGGGUUGGCCACAACAUUUAUCAACAAAUCAGUGGAUGAAUCCACUUUAUUAGAUUUAAAGCAUUUACUCAUAGAGGCUAAUCAACCUGUGCCAGAAUUUCUUGUUGAAUUGGCAUCAGCUACUGAAGUUGAACUUGAAAUGGGUGGUGAAGUUGGCUGUGCAUAUUGUGGUGGUUUAGGUCAUCGUAUAACACAUUGUCCAAAAUUAGAAGCAAUGCAGAAUAAAGCUGCUAUUAAUCUGGGUCGUAAAGAUUUCUUGUCUUCUGCAGAUUAUUAA